AUGAAAGAACUUGAUUUACAAUAUGAACAUGAUCGUGAUGAUUAUGAACAAAUGGCACGUCUGUGGACAAAAAAAAGAUUUUGUUUAAUCACAGUUAUAAAUAUUUUUAUUGCUGUUAUUUUACAUCGUGUUUCUCAUACAUCAUUUGAUUGGUAUAUAGCUAAGGAAAAAGUGAAUAUAGAAAGUGCACAAAUAGAUAUGAUAAAAAAAGAACUUAUAUCAGUCAGAUAUUGUUAUCAAUCGUCACAAAAUUCAUCAUUAACAACAGAUACAAAUCAAGCAAUAAAACGACGUACAAGUGCACAAGUAACACGAAUACUUUUAGCUAUUACAUUAUCAUUAAUUAUAUUUAAUAUUCCAAAUACAAUCGUAUUUCUUUUUACAAGAAUUAAUGAUAGACAACUUUCAUUACCUAGACGUCCAUGUCUCGAAAUUAGUGAUAGUGAUAUUAGAUUAUAUAAAAAAAUAUUUUAUUCAACUGUUAUACAAGAUAUAUUAUCAGAUUUACCACAUAUUGUAAAUUUUUUUCUUUAUUGUUUAGCUGGAAAAAAAUUUCGAAAUAUUUUUCUAAAUGAAGUUUAUGCUUGUUUUAUUGAAACACAUUCAAUUAAUCGAAAACAAAAACGUUUUACUGCGAAUGGUAGUGUUUUUAAUCCUAAAUUAACCUAUCCAGCAGGUCUUAAUGGUAGUCAAAGACGAAUAUUAUAUCGAAAUACUUCAUUAAAAUGUAAAAAAGCAACUAAUACUUCAUAUAAUACGUUAACAAAUAAAUUAACUUUCAAUGAUAAAAAUCAUAAUUGUGUCGAUACUAAUGUCACACUCCACUGA